ACUCCAGGCUCAGAGUGUGUGUGACGGCCGGUGAGGACACACAUGGUGUUGGAGCAUCCACGGGAUAUGAAGCUUGGAAAGUUUUGUUUUACUUUCUUUUAUUUUUGUUGUUUUGGUUUAGCGUUGGUUUCUUCCUUUUCCCUCAGUAGCAGAUCUUCGGGAUCUGUCCUCUGGAAAUCAACCUUUUUUUUUGUGAGGCUUGUUGAGUGACGAGACUAUGCAACCUUCAUCACAGAGUCACAACCAUGACAACUGUGUUCAGACACAGUUGUGCGCCCAGCUGGAGUUCGUCCAGAUUCUGGUGAUCGUAAUAGUCAUGAUGGUGAUGGUGGUGGUCAUCACCUGUCUUCUCAACCACUACCGCCUAUCAGCACGCUCCCUUCUCUCCAGGCACACCCCUACACGCAGGAGACACCUGCCACUGGCCAACGAGGGAAGUCUGUGGUCCUCUGAGGGAACAGGCACAAACAGUGGUCUAAAUGAGCACCAGGUGUAUAACACCCACCCCCCGGAGAGAGGGGGCUCUUCCUAUAUACAGCGGGAAGUACAGCACAGCCACUCCCAGCCUCCGCUGCAGCCCCAGCGCUUCCAGCACACAUACGCCCCGAGUCGCUUUCAGCCAACUUAUCCCUACCUGCCUCAGAGCCUCAUCGAUCUUCCCCCCACCAUCUCCCUCUCAGAUGGAGAGGAGCCCCCGCCGUACCAGGGGCCCUGCACCCUGCAGCUCAGAGACCCCGAGCAGCAGAUGGAGCUGAACCGCGAGUCGGUCAGAGCGCCACCCAACCGAACAGUAUUCGACUCCCACCCUCUCGAUCCAUCCAACUCCUGUCUGCAGGCCAGACUGCAGGCCCCCCCUCCAAGUGUCCAUUCAGGCAUCAGUGUGUUGGAAGCCCAGGAGGCUUUGUCCAGGCAUCAGAAGCAGGGCUCUCGAGUGGAAGGAGCUCCUCCAGCCUACAGCGAGGUGAUUGGGCACUACUACCACCCAACAUCUGUAACCUCCAGCCAUAACAAUCGGACUGUGAUAUCCUCACAAGCACCACCUGCCUCGCUCAUACAAGGCCUGCUCCGACCUCCGCAUCAACAGCAAGGAAGUGUGGACAACAGGAACACAAGGAAUACAAAGGAGAAAUCCCAGAAACCCCAGCAGGUGUGACAGUGCUGCUCUCUGCUUCCAGUGAGAAAACCGGGAUUACAUCUGCUCACCACUGGAGUAAUGACCAGUGGAGAAUGAUGAAAAGUCACGAAGUUGUUAAAAUCCACUCUGAAGGGUUUAAGAGCUGGUUAGUUUUAGUUGUUGCAGGUCAGUUUUGCAGUUUCCCCACUGGCUUCUCUGGGUAAGAUAACCCAGAACCACAUUGCUCCUGCAGAGCACAGUCGCAUGAACAUCUGGCACAUCCUGUUCUGCAGCUUCCUACUUCAUGUCUUCUGAUGAACCAUUGAUGUCAGAAAAGAGCGGAAGAUUUAGAAGGGAAUGAGAUGGAAGCAGAUGAUUCUUUCCCUUAACAAGUCCUCCUCAUCUCUCUUCUGUCAGACUGAUGUGCGUAAUCACCUUUCACAAUGAAUAUUUACUUGGUCUGUUUUUUCCGUUGAACUUUUUCUUUAUCUUAUUCACACAUCCAUGAAAAUUCCUAUCCAAGCAAAUGGCGAAAUGUUACAAUCUUUUUGGUUCUUCCAUUUGUAGGAUUUCUUUUUUUUAAAUGUGAUAAUCCCCCACCACCACGCUGCUUCUGUCCAUUUAGUCCAUAUUCAAAACUCCACUUCUGCACCAGGCUUUAGCCACAUCGCUGGGACAUUUUAGCACACUCGCUUAUUCCGCGAGUUGUAGCACAAGGCUAAAAGUUCUGCCUUACAUUUCCUAAGCGAUGCAGGAGUUGCCACUGAAAUGGUUGUUUCUUUUUUUUCCUUUUUAAAAAAAAUGUAUGUUCUUUUUUUUAAAGAACGCUUGCACAAAGUUCAAGACUGUUCACCGGAAAAAAGAAUAAUCCGCAAUAUGAUCGAAAAGAGACAGAAAGUAGGGAAAGUUUGGGUAUUUUUCUAUACUUGAUGGAUUCCUAUGAGUACAUUUUUUGUGUUGCUUUUGUUUAGUGUUUUUUUUUUUUUUAUUUGUUGUCUAGUUUUAGAAAAAAAAGAUACAAACAUCAGUAAUCGGUUGGGGUGCCAACUUUUCACCUUUUGCAACGUACAUGUUGACGUGUAUAUACGUCACACAUGGAGCAUAUAUACAGACACAUGUAUGCAAACCUAGAGUGAAAAGCACGAAUUUAAAGUUAUUUAUAUAAUUGCUGAAAAGAAUUGCACUAUUUUUUAGUAUGCGCCAAUGGAACGUUUUUGGGACUUUUAUUUUGAAGGAACUCUGUCUAUUGCGGCAUAAAAACAAGAGAGAAGCAAGAACAUGGUGAGUGAGGCUCAGACCGAGCGGUGCACAGCAGCUGCUAUCAUGAUAAAUGUAAGGGGAGGUUCUGACUUUGGCCCAACGGACUCGGAUUAACCGUUACUGUACCAUUGAUAAAAAUGAAUAAAUAAUCGUUGGUUUAUGCAAAUGUCUGAGUCCCACGAGCCAGCCACAAGUCAGCAUCCAACCUGUGGGUCCAAUCAGAAAGUCUUAACUCUCUCUCAUCCUAUUGGCCGAAUCAUUAGCCAAUCCCAAAGCUGGCUAUUACUACCUCGACUAAACAAGCGAAGCACAUUAGAGUUUAUUCAUGUUAACCAGACACAACAAAUGUCUGGACUAAUCGAGACAGUCUAAUGUAACAAUAGAUGUUAACUAGAGUAGGAUGUCGUAGACUUAGUUUUUAAUCCUGUUAUUUUAUUUGAAUGUCAGAUAUUUUUAUUCAUUGGAUGAGAAGAGAGAAAACAAACCAAUGACACCCCCCUUGUAGUGUAUUACUCAGGAAGGAAGCCAGUCGCCCAGCAGGUCCUGAAUAUCUGAUGCACUGACUGUGCACCACUUUGGUCACCCAUACACCCAAAAGACCAAAUUUUCUGGUCACGUACCUCUGGUUCCUUUGAAUUAUAGAUUCUCUCCCACGUUUUCAACCCAUGUAUACACUCUGCUCUCUAAGUUUUUCUCUCUUGCAGGCCACUCUGAGCACUUUAUUGCACCAGGAAAGAGACAACAAUCUUCUGUCAGCCAGCGCCGACCAACCAACCAAUAAAGCUUAAACACAACGGUAGAACCUUUUAGGUUUUUAGAUUCAGAUUUAGAUUCUCCAACUACUAGUGAUGCGCUUUUAAAGAGAUGCAAAGAGUUGUGGACCAAAGCUUUUAACAUUUACUGGAAUAAAAAACAACUUUAUUUAUCAUUUUGAGAUUGAAGAACUUUAAGACAUACAGACUUUAAAUCCUCAACUAUCCUUCCACAGGUCUCCAUAAAACCAGCUGAACCUGUGCUUUAACAAAUAUAUUCUAUAAUUAGGAGAAAUUUUUUAAUUUUCUUGUUUAUAAACUCAUUCUUUUAAGCUUUGGACUCAAACUCUUUGAGUGUUGAAUGCAGCACAAGGCUGGUUGUUGAAACUAGACACACUGAAGUGUUGAAAAGUGGCACGAGUGUUAAUAGCAGCCCGUCUUGUGUCAUCUCAUUAAGAGUGCAGAAUUAAUAGAGUUGCAUUAGGUAGCUGAUUGAGCUACUUGAUCACUAUUUGUAGUUUUUGUAUUUAAAGCUGCUGCUUGAUCCAGACAAAAUCAGCGCCCUCUAGUGUCCAGCCUUUAUGCAACAGCGCCCUCUUCAGGGACUGAACCAAACUGUAGCCAAAUCUCCUGAGAGACAGUCUGAAGGCUAAAACAAUACAUUUUAUAAUCUCAUAUGGUGAAUCUUUCAUUUUUUGUCUGUACUUUCCUUCCAUGGUGAGUCACAGCAGCAUCUAUCAACUAUCGUGAUAAAAAGAAUUCAAUCUGCUGAACUUGUUCCCCAGUAUAAACCUUGUUUACAGGGACAGUUUGGCCCAAAGGUAAAUUUAUGUAUUUUCCCAAUUUUUUUGUAUUCAUUCCUAUCCAACUGGAUUGUGUUGAACUGGUGUGUGAAUUGCCCAGUUCUGGAGAAAUCAGCUACAGCGAUGCCUGUGUUCUCUUUAAUAUAAUGUAAGUAAAUGGCAAUUUCUGCUUGGGGUGUUUAAAGUGCCAAAAUGUGAAAAAGACGGCAGCAGUUUCUCUUUCCAGAAAUUGUGACCUGUUUAUUCAAAAAAUAAAAAAUUUAAAAAUCCACAAACCUUACAGUGAGCCAUUUCAUGCAGGAACUCUUUAGUUCGUACCGAUCCGCAAUUUUGAAAAAUGUCCAUGUGCAGAAGAAAGCAACCAUGUGCGUGUGAUGAAAGGCUCUUGCUGGUGGGAGAUUGAAUGGAUGUCCCUCAUUUGACCUGUAACAUCAGGUAGCUGCACAGGUGCGAGGGUGUCUUUUGGUUUGAAGAAGAUAUUUCCUGCAUGAAACUGCUCACAAAAAUGUUGGUGGAUGUUUUUUGAUUAACAGCUUCACAAUUUUUGAAAGAGGCAUUGCUGCAGAAUAUUUCAGAUGUAAUUUUUGCUGCUUUGAGCUCUUCAUAGUAAAUGCCAUUCAGUUCUAUUCCAUUAAAUAGAACGGUGACAUUUCCACAUCCAAAAACUUCAAAAAUGAGUGUCUCACAAAAAAACCCCAUAGAAAACUGUGUAAAUUUGAUAUUAAUGUAAAUUCUUAUUUAAGUUGCUGGAUACAAACUAAACAUUUACAGCUUGAUAGAUGGAUUGGAUGUGUUUAUGCUAGUCUUGUUUCUUGUCAUUUUAUCAUCGCAAUGAUGCAGUCUUGUGUUCUAUAGCAAACUAUAACAUUUCAAAUCAUAAAACAGAUUGAAAAGACUCUUCUAACUGAUUAGAAAAGUCUUUGAUGAUGUUAGAAAGAUCUUCAAAAUAUCUUGUAGCAUUACUCGGCAAACUACUAAAUCUGAAAACACUGAAUUCCUCUCAAAAAGUAAAGACAAAAAGUGAGAAAAAAGAUUCGCCCUCCCAUCAUCUUUUAAGUCUGUAGCUCUCUGUAGCCCCAAAAGAAAGAUGAUUGGCUCAUUUAAAAAAAAAUUAUUGUAAUAAUAAUAAUAAUAAUCUUUGAUCUUAUAAUGAGGUUAGCAGCCUGGUUCUCAGUCCUAAGGUACUUUGAACUAUUUUUCUGUUUCAUACUUGUUUUUGAACAGAGUUGUUUCCUUAAAUGGUUUCCUUUCCUGCACCAGAGGGCUUGCAGCGGGUAUGAGAAGGCUGGCCAGGCUCUGACCACAAAUAUUAGUGAUAGGAACUUAAAAAAUGUAUAAGGAAGUUGGAAAAAUGUGUAGAAUCAAUCUCUUAUUUCAGGGGAAAACCCGGGCUGGCUGACAAUACAAAAUAAGACAGGAGGAGAAAGAGGGAAAAGUCAUUUGGAGGCUGACAGGAAGAACAGAUCACACAUUUCUACACAGCUGCUAAUACCCUAGCGCUGCCUACAUCUAAAGACUGGUGUGUUUACAUGCAGUUGUACUUGUUCACCAGUGUUUGUGAGCUUUUCUUUAACUCUCAAUUCUAUUUAUUUAUGUUUCUUUUUAAAAUUCAGUUCGAUUUGAGUCACAUAAAAGAGAGAUAUUAAACCAAUCAAUGCUCAGAUCACAUAGUUUUUGUUGCUUUAAUCCAUCGUGGAGAUACUGAAAGUGUUAGGAGAUCACUGUGUGUGUGUGCGUGCGUGUGUGCAGUUAAUGUACACCCACCUGCCCUGGGAAAGACCUCCAGCUGUCUAGACAAAAACUAAACACAUAAAGGCACACACAGAGCAGACUAAACAAACUCACCGAAGAACCAAACGCCUCACACACACACAGACACACACACACACACAAUAAACACACACGCACACACACUGAGGUUUUUGUUAUUGCGGACCACACAAGGUAGCAAAAACAUUUAUUUCACACACCUUGAUUGCCUCUCCCCUCCCUCUCCCUCUUCCUGUCUGAACGAGCUCUUCCUGUUCCCUAGAGAUGGCCGCUGUCCAAUGACAGAGCUCCUUUCAGAACCGGCCCUCGCUGCCGCUGGGUCAGCGGUCUUUGAGUCUCCUUGGAAACGUUCGUUGUUUGUUAUUGUUGCUAUGUCGUACAAGUGUGCCUGCCUGCGCUGAGACGGGCAAAAUGUGAGUGGCUAGUUUGGGCUGUCAAUCAUCCCAGGCCACACUGUCUCAGAUGAUGACGAUGAAUAGAUGAUGGUGAUGAGAUUGUUGCUGUUGGUGAUGAUGAUGAUGGUGAUGAAGAUAGAUGUUUUUGGUAGUGACACCGCAAAGAUCGUUGCAAUACACCUACUAUUUGCCUUUUUGAUUAUAUUAGUCAUAUUUUAACGUAGUGUGCUAAAUGUCAGUUUUUUUUAUUGUUGUUGUUGUUGUUGUUGUUGUUGUUGCUGAUGAUGUUUAUUCACUUGAGAACAAAAAGAUUUAACUUCAAUUCAAAAGUUCAUAUCAUUAAAAAAUGUGUUUGGUUUUUUUUUUUCAUUUGUAAACAUCGAGAGUGUAAAACUACCUAACACACAAAAACUGCAGAUUUCUGGGGAGGAUGUGUAAAUACAAGAAAAUGUACUUCUGCUUUUAAGUGCCCUUUUUUAAAGUUUAAAGUUGUCAGUGUGCAGCUGUCUGAAGAGCAAAUCGGUGCGAUUGGUGCGGGGAUCGACGCCACAGAUCCCCAUCAACAUCCCUUGAGAUGAGCUUAUGUUAAAGCUAGCUAAAGUUCCCUUUUAUUGGAACCUUUUUGAGCACAUUUGUAUCACGCACUUAUAAGUUCCAAGUAUAAAUCUUCAUGUAAGCACCUAGUCCUCGUAACCCACUAAUCAUUGCGUCUCCUUACUCGACCCAGUGUCUAGAUGUGUGCCUUCUGGUGUCCAGCAUGAUCGGAGACUUACACUUAAAAAAAUCCUUUACUGUUGCCUUUCAACGUAAAACCUCGGACAGCACAAAAUCUUAACACGUUACAGCCGUGACGUAUGGAAGCCCAGUCAGGCCAAGAAAAAAAAAUGGAGGGGAAAAAAAACAGUCAGUGUUUCUAAGCUAAAAUGGACCAAAAGUCCUUAAAAUACUACAAACAAAUAACAUGUGGAAAAGCAGAUAUCUGCAAAUCCUGUGUGGUUGCUUCUAUUGUUUUUAUGUUAUCAUUCCAACUUCUCUUCCCUUUUCUUUUUCCUGGUAAAGCUGGACUUCUAUAAUCACGACAUUAGAAGCUAAAUUUGUGAAAACAAAUUACUGUUGCUAUUGCUGCUCUAUAUGUUUGGAACUAUAACUAAAAACAGCUGAAAUUAAUGCUUUUCUUCAGAAAUUUAAUGAGACGCAGUAUUUGCUUUUAACAUUUCUGACUGCUUGCAAAGAAUCACACACCACACAGUCCAGAUUCAUAUGUGACAUUAUUUAAGACAUCUCCAAAGACGAAACCACUGUAAAGAAAAAAACGUUCAGUCAAGCUUGAACUUUUUGUUUUCGAUUUUGGGGAAAAAUCUUUUUUUUUCCUCCAGUUUUUGCUACAUGUUUGAUCAGUUUUAAAAGAAAGGAUGAUUUAAGUAACACAAGUAGACUGGCGGACGGCAUACAAGCAAACCAUUUUCUCCCUUCAUAUUUCUGUAUCAUCGCAUUUUUCUCUGCUUGCUCUGCUCUUUUAAUCAGCGCUGUGUGGCGCCUUUCCUCUGACAAUGUCGAAGAAAAAGUAUACAAAAGCACUCUUGUUCGCAGUUAUGUUAUGUGUUCAUAUUUAAAUAAGCCUCUGUAUCUUACACCGCAGUGACUAUUGUAGAAGUCUUCCACCUGUCCUUGAGUUUUAUCCUGCAAGCAUGUAAACUGUGGGGCUUGUACAAUAGACCAGUUUGUUCUGGUAAGGAUUCCUACGUGCAGCUGGUGCAGAUGUUUUAGAAAAGCAUGAUAAAAUGCUGCGAUUGUGUCCAGGGAAGUAAAACUGCACACAAGUAAUCAGCAGCUUUGGAGUGAAAUCUUCACUCAGGACCAGAUGUCAGAUAAAAAUGUGGGAACUCCGAUCUGUUCUCUGCAAUGCUGGGUUUCCCAUCACUCAAACGUAGCACCGGGUUCAUAAAAAGAAUGAACAUGGAGCUGAGGGUUUAACUUCAAUCUGUUAUCUGUCACAGCAUGGCUCAUGCACUUAUAUAGAGGCCUGCUUAUUCUCAGUGAUAAUAACUGCUUAUUUGUGUAUUAAGACAGUUUAUUUUAAUUUAUAUUGGAUGGUCUAUGUGUUGCUGGGUUUGCUAUGUUGUUAUUUUCUUUUCUGUUACAAACACAAGACAAUGGUUUAUUGUUGUUGUCACAGAACAUGAAUCAGACACAUUUCAGUUAGCCUUCGAUUUAAAAAAACAAAUAAAAAGUUUUAUAAAUUCA